CACACAAUUAUCCCACAACUCUCCCUAACCAAUCCCUAACUACUCUCUCCGUGCCAGACUCCUACCACUUCAUGCUGGACCCAAACACGGCGUACACCAAGCUGCACCUGUCGGAGGGCAACAGGAGGGUGGAGAGGGUGGACGACCCGCAGCCCUACCCCGACCACCCGGAGAGGUUCGACACCCUGUUCCAGGUACUGUGCACCACGGGCGUGUCUGGCCGCUGCUACUGGGAGGUGGAGUGGGCAGGCAGGCUGGUUUACAUAGCAGUGGCGUACAAGAGCAUCGUGAGGAAAGGCUGGGAUGGCGAGCGGCGCUUCGGGUGCAACAAUCAGUCGUGGAGACUGAGGAUUUACGGCUCCAGCACCUCCUUCUGCCAUGACAAUAAGGAGACCGAGCUGCCGCCAGUGCACAGCGCCAGGAUAGGGGUGUACGUGGACCACCGGGCCGGAACGCUGGCCUUCUACAGCAUCUCUGGCACGAGCAUGACGCUGCUUCACAAAGCCCAGGCCACGUUCACGCAAACAUUGUACCCUGGGUUUUGGUUAAAUAGAGGGUCGUCGGUGAAGCUGUUGUGACUCAAGUGGUUAGUGUUUCCAGGUCAGCAGAGAACCGCGCCUAGCCUGAUUAUCAUCGACGUUCAAAUCUCUUCGAGACUUGGUCUGACCAAGAGCAUAACAAUUUACAUUUCCCAAACGGCAUAGUUGACCCGCCUCCCUUGGUUUGCUUAUGGUUGUUUGCUUCACGACAAAGUGAAAUAAGUUCCCGUAUUUUCAGGAACCCAGAAAGUACUUGCAUUGCUCUUGACCUGACUAGUUGCAAUGCUGACGGCUGAAGGUGUUGCGUCACUAGGAGUGCGCGGCCUGGCUACCGUGCCAUAGCUGGCUCCCGAACUACAUCUCAUACGGACUGACAAACAGCUCUCUCUCUCAUACCAAGAAAUGGUAAAGAACUGAGUAAACCCUGGCCUUUCUACAUGAACCAUGAUGAAGUAUACGUCAGCAAACAUCGACCAGGUCAUACGCAUUGGUUUCCACUGCAAUUAGGGCAGGAACCGGCACCAGCACUCUUCCAGCCCACAACUAGUACACGGAGGUCAAAGUGACUCACAUUUGUCAUAGCAACGACAAAGCACAAUGCACAUUCGCCCAUUGAACUUGCAUCCAGCAAUUUCCACACAGAUAAGGGUGGCCAUGACA